GGCUCGGCUCGGGGGCGGGGCGGGGCGCGCUUCCCCUCGCCGGAAGCCACUCCCGGGCUCCCGCUCGCUACAAAGUAGCCCGCCCUAGGGCUCGCUUCCGAGGCGGAUCGCUCUGUCUUUGCACACGCAGGGGCAGCCCCGCCGAAGCGGGGCCUCAAAAAAUUGGGUCGAAACUCAUAACUGUUCCUCUCCACGGAAAUCUUUAGUAAAAGGCGAAAGAUUUAUGCGAUCUGAAGAGAAACCAGAGUAUGCCUACCCGGUCGCCGGACGCGCUGCCCGGGCGGGGGUGCCUGACGCCCAGGUCAGGGUGAGGCGGGGCAGGGGUGGGCACGCGCCCCGCCCGCGGCCUGCAAUCACGGCCCGACCCCCGCCCGCGGCCCUCGCCCCCGCCGGGGGGCUCUGCAAGGGAAAGCGGGGGGAGAGGCCCCGCCGCGCCGCACUGCACCCUGGGUAUGCAAAUUUAUGGAGAUCUAAACUUCCGCUCCCCGCCCCCAGCUCUGCUCCCGCCCGCCCCGCCCGCGAGCUGCACAGCGCCGGGCACCGGCAGCACCGGGCACUGCAGCCCUCGGCACCUGGGUAUAGGUACACUUGUAUACCAGUGUGCGUGUGUGUGCAUAAAAUAUGUUUAGCGGUGCACUUUUAUAGCUAUAAAACUCUGUGUGUGUGCAUAUGUGUGUGUGUGUGUGUAUGCAUGUAUAAAAAUACAUAUGUUUAGAGGUACAGGUUUAUAUAUAUAUAUAUAAAACUGUGUGUAUAUAUAUGUAUAUAUAUAUGUGUGUGUGUAUGUAUGUAUGUAUAAAAAUAUAUAUAUUUAGAGGUACAGUUAUACACACACACACACAGUUUUAUAUAUAUAUAUGUAUAUGUAUGUAUGUGUGUAUGUAUAAACAUAUACAUAUUUAUACUGUUAUAAAUAGAAAUAAAUAUUUUUGCAAAAAAAAAAAGGCAGCGCAGCCGGGAUCCCGCCCCAGUGAGCGCCUGGUCUCCAGCCGGCCGCCCCUUCUCCCCCCAGCUCGAUGUUUCUGCGGCAGGGGCGCUGGUGGGGGCAGCGAUUAGAGACCCUUGCAGGGCUGUUACUUUCCAGGCUGAGAAGCAAGUUCUGCCCUCGGCCAUGAGCCUGGGGGAGAUUGGCCUUGGCUGCUUAGGAGGGAAAACUGGCAGAGACUAUGAAGUUCUUUGGGUAGAUGUGAUAUCUUUUAUUAGAUCAACUAAAUAGUUAAAAAAAUGUUCUUUGCCAGCUUCCGGGCACAAACAACCUUCUUCAGGCACAGGGGGAGCAGGGCGCUGUGGGAGUGGGGUGAGGGGCACCGGCAGGGCCAGGGGGGUGUGGGUCAGGAAUGGGGCACCGGCAGGGCCGGGGGGGGUGUGGGUCAGGAGCAAGGGGCACAAGCAGGGCUGUGUGUGGGGACUGAGGGGCACUGUCUCUGUGCCUGAAGACGGGUGUUUGUGCCCCAAAGCUUGCAAAGAACAAUUUUUCCAAUGAUUGAGUUAGUCUAAUAAAAGAUAUCACAUUUACCAAAGAAUCUUGUCGUGCAGAGAGUACGAAUGCCCUUUGAUGUAUUUUCCCUGCAAACAGUGGUUGAAGCAGCCAGAGAGCUUCCAGCAGCAACAGCAAAGUGAUGUGGUGAUGCAUCUGCGUGUGGUACCAUCCCCUGAGCCUGGGAGCUCCAUGCCUUCCCUCCCCUCUUCCUCAGCUCAGCCCGAGACAGGCCACAGAGCCAGCACUCACAGCCGCUGCCCAAGCAAGAGCCCUGGGACACUGCGGCCACAGGAACAUGUGAUAAAGAGAAGAAAAAAAAUGACCAAACGCCAAACAUGAGAGCAAGUUGUGCUCGUGGCGUGGGGGAGGUGGUGACCGUGGCCUGACAGCCGCGAGAUCGGCGGUCCCGGCCCGCGCUGAUCGGCAGGGGCGUGAUCAGGAGAGGAGGGCGGUGAGCGGAUGCUGCCCGUGCAGCGCGCGCGCCAAAAAAAGAGAGAGGACCCGCGCCAUAUCGGAGAGGCCUGAUCACCCUCACCGGAGGUCCUGUGUCCACGAAAUCCUUUCCCCCCCGACGCCCCCCAUCACGACCGAGUAUAUUGUUCAAACGUGUUUAGAGCGCUCGAGUCACCAGCGAGUUUAAUCUUGAAAUUGCUGUAGAGGAAGCCACCUAUACGAAAGUGUGAGUAAAGCAUUUAUUUGUUACACCGCCUCCUUAAUCGUUUUCUGUCAACGGGAAGAGAGAUAAGAGAGGGAGAAACAAGGUCCCGUAACCCUUUUGUCCCCGGCCUGUUCGCACAGCACCUUUCUGGGUCCAACCACCCACCGUCAGGUUGGUCAUGGCGUCAUGGACAGGAUCCUCGGGGCAAAGGGGGAACGAAGGAGACGUUGACGAGCUAGUCAGGUACUGCCCGUGGGGGAACCAUCACUGGCCCCCGACCACGGACGCUGAUACUCUGUGGGCCCACGUGGCGUACCAUCAAGCUGGGCAAGACGGGAAGAUAGGGGGCUAUGUCUCCAUCCGCCCGACUGAGGGCAGUGAGGAGCCGCUUAAAGAAUGGGCCGUGUCUGGCCUCAGCCCCGCAGCCCUAGGAUGCCUCCUUUCCAGCCCCACGGUUCUUUACCGCCCGCCCGACACAAAACCAGAGGCGUUACUUAGCCGUGUCAAGCCCACAGGCACAGACGACCGCGCUCCCGCGAAAGAGUACGCCAGGUGCAUCCAGUACCUAAAGGAGGUGAGCGGCUGCGAAACCCCUCCCGGUAAAUUUAGAUGCCCUAACCUCGAUCCUGGGGGCGCCGAAAAUGAAAUCCUAACGGCACUCCACGAGAGUCUUGAGGCCGAUGAACGGGACGCCACAGGGUGGACAGGGCAAAAGUGGAAUAAGGGAAAAAUGAUUAAUGUCCUGUUUUGCUCGGUGACCACCUUACUACGACACGCGGCGAACCAAGCCAGCAUAAUAGAUACGCUGACUAAGAUGGCCGCGCAGCAGAGUACCGCACAGCCAGAGCCACCACUUAAAGAUGGCGCCACGGGAGAAGAAGAAGGAGCGACCGAAAAGCUCCAGGCGGGAAACCCCGACGCUAGCGAAACCCCGUCGGCCCCACCCGAGGAACCGCCUCCGUAUAACACCCCGCCGGAGCUAUAUCCCGCCCUCCCCGCCGAUGUAGGCGCACCCGUUCUGCAUGCAAACCCUGUAGCCUUAGUGAAAACUGUCACUGAUGGCGCGGGCACCCGCACCCUCACUACCUUCUGCACGUGCACCAGAGGGGAACUCCAAGAGCUGGCAAGAGACACCCAACUAAAUCCAGGUGAAACACUGGUAAUAUGGUUAGGACGAUUAAUAUUAGAACACAGGUCAGAUUUAGUAGACCCUGAGGAGUGUACUGCCCUAAUGCACCAACCCGCAUGGAGCGGAGGAGCGUGUAGCGACACGACUCAAAUACUGCACAACAAGGUUUGGCCAAUCCCUUUGUGUGCUGCUGUGGUCCCAGCGCUGCAAAACCGAACUCAUGCUUGGCAUGCGGAUCCACCCGGUGAUUCAUCGCCCGCACAGCUCCUGUAUGCAAUAGCGGGAGCCAGUUACUUAACCUGGGACGCCGGACGGUAUCCACUAACCCUGACUCCACAUCAAGCAAACAGUGUUUGGCCGCAUCGCUGGUGUAACGAUCCUGGCAAGGUCCCUGUGUCUGCAUCAGCAGUGGAGGCCUGCGUUGAGAUUUAUGGAGGUAUGAAUACACCCAUGUUCCGCUUGUUAUUACACCCACUGGUAGGGGGGCCGAUAGGGAACCUUCUAAGUAGCCUGGGAAAGCUUACCACAGCGCCUAAAACAGAACCCAAGCCCACCCCGCCAGCGGCAGUACAGGCGGUAGGAGCGUGGAAAGCAACACCUAGUAAACCCCGAACUGAUCGCUCGCUGCGCGGGCGACCGCCAGACCGCACACCUGAGGAACGUGCCACGUUUGGCUUUCUGCUAAACAAAAGCGGCCUGACGAACAAUCAGCUUCGUGGGCUAGGAGACGAGGGGCAAAGGGCACUGGCGCUGAACCUAGGCUUUAAGCCUUGGGGGCAGGAGCCAGACAAAGAAAAAAACAAAUAGCGGCCGUCGAUACGGGCAACGACGGCCGACCCACCAACGACAAACGCCCGUACGCAACCUAUAGCGUGAGCGCAACUGCAGAUUCUACCCCUAUCCCUACGCGCUUUUUGCUAGACACGGGAGCCCAAGUAAACGUGUUGAGAUCUGAAACGCCCCAUGUCAAGACAUCCAAAGUCAUCUUUGUACAAGGGCUAAACGCCAUGACAUCCGUGCCCGUGGUCAAGUUUUGGAUCAACAAAAGGGUCCUGUAUGGAGUCUUAGGGGGCAUAAACAUCUUGGGCAUCCCCGCAAUAAAGGCGCUGGCCUUAAAGAACGCCAUAUACCUAGCACUCCCAUUGACUGUGGCACCAGGCGAAAAACGCCAGCCAGUGCUAGUAAACCCUGCGCCCUGGCGGUAUCAGCCAAUCCCGACGUGCACUGACCUGCAGCCCCAGAUCCGAAACCUCUUGGUUGACCUGUGCAAGCGAGGGUGCAUUCAGCCCGUAAAAUCCUCCACCUACCUUUCGGCCGGAUGGGGCAUCCCCAAACCAGGAAAACCAACGGAAGCUCGUCUAGUGGUGGACUACCGACAAGCGAAUCGUCGCUGUAACCCGCUCCAAAUGCCCGCUGCGCAAACCGUCUCGGACAUCCUCGAUGGCAUAACCAAGAUGCAGAGGGGUGAAGAGUGGUUUGCCACCACACUAGACUUAAAGGACAUGUUUUAUUCGAUCCCUAUACAUGACCCGCAUGGGAUCCUUAAUAUGUGCGUAGCCGGACAAAUGUUUUCCUGGAAGGUUUGUCCACAAGGUUACCGCAACGCACCAGCACUAGCAGCCACAGCGAUGAAUGGGACGAUCGACCGCAGAUAUUCACAUCUGGACCUAUGUCGACAGCAUUGUCAUCAUGGGGCACCACUACGGACCUAAAGGACUACCUGAGCAAUCAAGGAUGGACGGUAAACCCGGCCAAGUCCAUGAGCGAGCCAUCCUCGGACAUUAAGUUUUUGGGGACACAAUGGCGAUCAGGGACAACACACAAUGCUACCCCGAGUUGUCCUCACCUUGGCCGACCACGCAGGCAGACUUUCAAGGCCUGCUAGGCCAGAUGAAUUGGCUCCGUAAUUUCCUAAUGCCAUCACAUUUAAAAGUUAUCCAACGGUUGCAACACCAAAUUCGCAAGAAAACACGACGCAGAGUCCCAUGGAAUGAGCAUGACCAAGCCGCGUUGGAAAAAGUUAUGACAGAGGUUAAAAAGAUGCGUCUGAUCGCACCCCCCGCCGGCAAUCCCUUGACAAUUCACGUGGGCUACACCACGGAGCAUAUCUGGUUUAGAGCCAGUGACGCCGAAACGGGAAAUCUCGCGUACACUGGUCACUGCACACUCAAAUGCCACCAACAUUGGUAUGGUUGUCUAGGGAAAGUCAUGCUCGCGGCUCAACUAGGAGAACACCUCGCGGCGAGCCCAGGUGUACUUGUUGCACCCGGCGGCACCACACUAGGAUUACUUAACCCUGGUAAAAUCCACCCGGAGUAUCAGGGCACAGAAAAACCUUGGAGCGCCCUAGUCCUUCGUCACCAGUAUCACUGGUCGGCGUGGCAAGUCGCUGACGGAGAAAUGAUUCCGGCCACUGAAGAGGAUGAUCUCAUUGUACUACAAUUGUAUGGGACCACAUCCUCAGCGUGGAUAGCUUCAGAUGGUACAUCCCGUGAUGGCGGAGGGUAUGGAUAUUAUUGUGACUCCUGUCACGACUACAAGCUCCAAACGUCCCAUCCAGGAGAGUCGGUCCAAGCAUCUGAACUAUGAGGCUUUCAACUAGCUCUUGAACACACCUACCGUCACCACGAUGGGACGCUUCCGGUACCUGUCAUAGCCGUAGACUCAGAAUAUAUAUACAAGAUUGUUACCGGAAUGGCACAAGUUACGGAACACACAACCCUCUGGGACGAUGUCAAGACCACUUUAUUACGUUUCUCUGUUCGCCCCUUAAUCAAGCACACGCGUUCUCACCGACCUGACACGGACCCCGUACAUACCGUCAUAGAUCAGCUACUGGCACACCAAGGACCCAUGAAUCAAAAGGACAUACCUCAGUUACACGUCACUGACAUCAUAGACACCGACCCCUUUCUCGCUUGGCUCCACAAGCGUUGGGGACACCUCGGAGCAAAAAGGGCGCAAGUUCGCUGGAGGAAACAAAGCAACAAAGGACCGAGCGUAGAACAGUGGAAAAGAAUAAUCCAAGCCUGCUCUGCCUGUGCGCGAGAAAAACCGGUACGCCACAAGCACCAAAAGGGCGCCUAUGACCCAGCGCAUUUUGCUCCAGGUAAGGUGUGGCAAGUGGACCUGCUCAGGCCACUCCCAGGAGCCAAGACACUGAACAAGGGGCUAGUAAUCGUAGACCUGGGAACUCGUCAAAUCCUCGUCCUCCCCACGAGGAAGACCACCGCUCCCGUAAUUCAAGGAUGUCUACAGCUCGCUUUCGCCCAUUGGCAAGUGCCCCACAUCCUCCGAUGAAGGACCACCUUUUAACUCCAAAGCCUUAGAGCGGUUCGCGAUAGAGCACAAUGUUCAGUGGCAUCACCAUCUACCCUAUCACCCGCAGUCCAAUGGCGUCGUGGAGCGCCAGAUAGGACUAUACAAGGAACAGUUAAGGCUAAGGGAAAAUGGAUCAUUCAAGAACUGGACUAAGUACAACAAUGAUGUACUAAUUGCCAUGAACGCCACUAAAGCUUUGUGGAAUGAAUGCACCCCGGUGCCACAUCCGCCUUGGCAGCCAUGUUACUCAUCCCAAGAAACAGUGUGGCUAACCAUUCCCACAGCUACCAGUAAGCGCCCAACCCCAGCUCCCAGUGUUGUACUUAAACCCGGCGAGUACCCGAAUACCUAUUUUGUUUCUCUUGAAGCAGUCUCACCCGCACGCACCGUCUUGGCCCACCAUAAUUGGCUAAGUCGACGUAGUACAGUUUAGUAUACAUUACUAACGAACCCCAAGUUUUGUUUUCCAGCCCGAAACGCCAUGAAGUCGCCGAUGUAUGACAUGGUGUGAAACUCACAUUCGGGACAACUAUUGCCAUGAGUGAACCCAUUGGUGACAACCCCGGUAAAAAUGCCGUGCUGCAUCUAGACAGACGCGGUUGGAUUCAGUACUGACUAACUAUCUGACUUAUUUGCAAGUCUUGAGUGAAAUUUUACACUUUUGAUACCAUUGUUUAGUGCCUUAUUAUGUAUUUGUAUUAGAUAUUGUAUUUUGUACGUUUUAGCUUUGUAUAUACCCACUUACUCGCUAUAGGAAAAGAAGUUCUCGAGCUUAAACAUGUCUGAAAUUGGCAUUUGGUCAAGGGGGCAUGUGAUAAAGAGAAGAAAAAAAAUGACCAAACGCCAAACGUAAGAGCAAGUUGUGCUCGUGGCGUGGGGGAGGUGAUGAGCGUGGCCUGAUAGCCGCGAGAUCGGAGGUCUCAGCCCACGCUGAUAGGCAGGGGGCGUGAUCGGGGGAGGAGAGAGAAAAGAAAAAAAAAAAAAGGCGGCGAGCAGAUGCAGCCCAUUUAAAAAGCGCACGCACCAAAAAAAGAGAGAGGACCCGCGCCAUAUCGGAGAGGCCUGAUCACCCUCACCGGAGGUCCUGCGUCCAUGAAAUCCCUUCCCCCCGGGCGCCCCCCAUCACGACCGAGUAUAUCAUUCAAACGUGUUUAGAGCUCUCGAGUCACCAGCGAGUUUAAUCUUGAAAUUGCUGUAGAGGAAGCCACCUAUACGAAAGUUUGGCUCAACCCUAAUAUUUCCAGGAGAGUCAGGACACCUCCAACCUCCAGAAAUUCGAUGAGGUACCUAUGGCUGCAGAAAUGAGGGCAACAAAACAGAAAUGGUCACUGGUUAUAAAAAAAAAAUCCUCUUUCCUCAGCUCUUCAUAUUAUUGGCAACCUUCAUUGUACUGCCCUGUUUCUCCUUGUGUCUAAUCUCCCGGAGGAAGAGGACUGGUCACCACAAAGGCAGCCCGGAGCCCCAGUGCAAAUGCCCCACCUGGAAAUGUACUGUGCCCCCAACAGAUCAGGUGAGAUUUUCCUCUGAGUGGCCACAUUCACAUACUGAACACCAUACAUGGAGAACCUGUGCAUCUCCAUGACGAAGAUGCCUGUCAGACCCCGAUCUGGGGCCAACGAUCGGACUGUGCGUGGGGAACAUGCAGGAUUCACUGAACAGUUAACACAGGGAGCAGCAUAAAAUACAGCAUGGAGUGUAAUACGGCAUAAAAGAGUGUUCCUGGCAAACAGGCACUGCCCUGGCUUUUGCCCAGCUUUGUGCGAAAUAGCAAGUCCAGCACCUUCCACAUGACUGACUCCUCUCCUUCGAGGGUGUUCUCAUCACCACGUUAUCCGAGCUCCCCGAGCAGGCUUCUCAUGCCCCACAGCCCAAUUCAGAAUGGAUCCACCUACACCACCAGUCUGUGGGUGGGUCUCUCCUGACAGAAGGGAUCUAGAGACAGGCAGAGGGGAUGAGAAAAUCCUGCCUACAGCCUGGGAGCUCAAAAGCACAGGCCCAGGACAACAGCCCCUUCCUGGACAUGGCCCUAGUAGUAAAGCAGAGGUGUCCAAGAUACGGCUUGCGGAGCUGUGUCAUCCGGCCUACAGGGUUUCCCACAGGGCCAGAAAUUUGGUGAUGGGCUGAGCAGUGACAGUGUUCAAUGUCAUGGCUCCUGGAGCAAUGAAUGCUGCUUCCACCUGUCCCACUGACAAAUUCCAAGCCCUCUGGGGGGCCCUGAAGGCCAAAUCCAGAGUGUGCAGCUGUCAUUUGGCCCACGGGCCAGAAACGUGAUGAUGUGAGGUGUGGCGGCUCCAGGAAAUUAAUGGGUUCAAUUAAUGCUGCUGCUGCCAAAUGUGCAGCCCAGUGAGCAGCCUGUAUUCUGGAUCCAGCCUACAGACGCAUUCUGAGCUCUGGAUCUGGUCCAUGCGCCCAGGUGAGUUUGACACCCCUAUAGGAGGGUAUCAGGGCUCCUUGCUACAGUCUGUACCCUGGUUUGCUGUAAUUCUGGCAAACAAACAUACCUCAUGGAGGAUGUGUGAUACUCACCCACUUGCAGCAGAUAAAAAGAUGCCUAUGGCCUUCA